AUGAAUACUGUAUUCUCCGUUGACGAUUUAUCCGACCCGUUCUGGCUGUCUCCUCCGCAGCUUCUACAAUCAACAACUCCGGCGAUGCAUAGAAGUGAAUCGGAAUGGGCAUUCGAGAAAUUUCUACAAGAAGUCUCCCCGGCCUUCGUAUCCUCCCCCGCCAGCGACACCAACACCGCAGCUCCUUCGGCGCUUUCUCAUUCGUCCACGUCAUCGAUACCUCCUGAUAACGGCGAGGAUGAAGUGGUGGAGAUCACAAAGCAUCCAAUUCGUCACCAUCAUCCAAAUCCAAAUCCUCAUCCGCAGACGUUGGAUCGCAAUCUAACUGCUCCGAUUGAUUCAGAGGAUUACCGCGCUGUUCUCAAGUCGAAGCUUGAUCUCGCUUGUGCUGCCGUGGCCAUGUCUAGGAAAUCCAAUGCUAUAAAGCCAGAAGAUUUUUCAUCGGUUCCGGAAGAUCAAAGGCUAGCUGCUAUAGAUGCUCAAUUGGAAACACAAGCUUUUCGUACUGGUCAUGGCAUCUCAAUGGGACAAAUUGGGGCAGAUGGUGGAUCACUUGGCAUUCCAGCUUUACCUACUACACAGAGAAAACAAGAGGUCCAAGCCAGGCAAACAACCAGUGGGUCAUCAAGAGAAGAUUCAGAUGACGAUGACCUUGAAGGAGACACAGGAACCAAUGAAAAUGGGGAUCCUAAUGAUGCAAAACGCAUGAGGAGGAUGCAGUCGAAUCGAGAGUCAGCUAGACGCUCUAGAAGAAGAAAACAAGCACAGCUGAGUGAACUUGAAACACAGGUUGGUCAAUUAAGGGAUGAACGUUCUUCACUGCUAUCACGCUUCACUGACGUAAAUCAGAAGCGGGAUGAUGCUGCUGUUGACAACAGAAUUUUGAAGGCUGAUAUUGAAACAUUAAGGGCAAAGGUCAAGAUGGCCGAAGAACAAGUUAAACAAGUGACAGGUUGUAACCCAAUGCUUCUAGCAAGGUCUAGCAUGACUAGCCCUGGGAUGCCAUUUGUCGGUGGCCGAGUGGAUGCACCUACAAAUGUUGCUGUGCCUAUGCAAACAAAUCCCCACCAAUUCUUUCACCAGCCAGUUCAUGGUAUUACCUCUGCUGCUCCACAUCUUCAAAGACUAGACAACAGCUUCCCCAACAACACGCUAGUUCCUCUUCCCACAAAUCCACAAACUGACAAUGGAACCAGUAAUAAUGGUGGAUUGACUUCUAUGCAAUUCACAGCCGGUGGGCAAAGUCUGGCUGUCAUGCCUUCCGUGCAACAGGUGCAAAAGCAGAUUUGUCCUACUGUUGGUCCAGCUGGGGCUUUGCCUGUGCAUGAUUCAGGAAUUCCUCACAUGGUUGCAAAGGAUAACAAAAAGAAAUGA